AUGGUAACAUCACUAAAUUUAACUCGUGCUCGAUCCUAUAUCUCUAUCCUGGGGAUCGGUGCAGCCAAGGCUGGCCGUACCAGGGGAUGGGUGAACAUAACCUUACGUUCAUGCCACUCGGAUCAAUCACUCACAAUAAAAGCUCAUAUCCUAAGUGGUUUAACGGCUCAAUUACCAUCUGACCAAGUCGCAGAUGCCGACUUACAUCAAUUCGUCAAUCUACCACUCGCAGAUCCAGACUUCAGAAUUCCAGGUCCAAUGGAUAUCAUCAUUGGAGCCGAUUAUUACGGCCAAGUCAUCACUGACGAGAUCAUCAAAAGUGAAUCUCCUGGAUUACUCGCUCAACACACAAUAUUUGGCUGGAUUAUCAUUGGUCCAGUCCCAACUCGGCUCAACAAACCACUUAGAAUUCAUCACGCUGUCACCAAUCAUCAUGAUCAAGAUUUCCAAGACCUACUAACUCGGUUCUUGCUCCAAGAAGAAGUCAGUUCAACUCAAUCACGCUCAUUAACCUUAGAGGAAGAGGCUUGUGAAGCUCCCUUCCGGGAUACGCACACUCGAGACAGCUCUGGCAGAUACAUUGUCAGACUGCCACUACUAUCGGACCCACAACAACUGGGGAACUCAUACACAGCAGCACAUCGCUGCUCACAACAUCUCAUGCGACGUCUUGAUAAUGAUGCUCGGCUCAAAACACUCUACAUGAAUUUCAUGGCAGAGUAUAUCGAACUUAGGCACAUGGUGCCUGCGGCAUCAUCGUCAUCAUCACCUCAAUACUUCCUACCUCACCAUGGGGUACUAAAGGAAGACAACAACAAUUUCAAGAUCCGUGUGGUCUUCAACGGCUCAAAACCAACCAGUUCUGGACUCUCACUCAACGACAUCAUGCAUACCGGGCCAAAAUUACUCGUCAACAUCUUCGACGUACUCAUCAGCUCAAGACAACACCGGUUCAUCUUUAUCACAGAUGUUACCAAAAUGUAUCGACAAAUUUUGGUCCACGAACAAGAUCAAAAUCUUCAACAAAUACUCGGGUUUGACGAGGAAGGAAACAUCAUUCCCUUCAAACUCGCUACAGUUACUUAUGGGACAAAAUCGGCUCCGUUUCUUGCAGUUCGAUCUUUACUCCAAUUAGUCGAAGAUGAAGGACAUCGAUUCCCACUCGCAAUCGAGCCACUCACCAAAGGACGGUAUGUCGACGACAUUUCCGGCGGCGCAGAUACUCUCGAGUCACUGCAAGCAGUUGCAGAUGACAUCGAAGGUCUGUGCAUGGCGGGCGGUUUCCCACUCGCUAAAUGGGCAAGCAAUCAUCGCAAAUUACUUCAGCUCAAUCGUGCGGAAGCGAUUACACAAUAUAAGAUUGAAGAUCCAGAAGUCAGUACCAAAAUUCUUGGAAUGUACUAG